UCUCCAAGAUGGCGGCACUGGCGAUGGUAAGACAGGCACCGGUUGGGGGUUUCAGUUUCGAAAACUGCAAGAGAAAUGCCAUUUUAGAAGGUGAAGCUAACAAAGUGGGAUGCAGCUUGCCUACUGCGCUGAAAACAGGGACUACCAUCUGUGGUGUUGUCUUCAAGGAUGGCGUUGUCCUCGGAGCUGACACCAGAGCCACUGAGGGCAUGGUAGUGGCAGACAAGAACUGCUCCAAGAUCCACUACAUCUCCCCCAACAUUUACUGCUGUGGAGCAGGGACAGCUGCAGACACAGAGAUGACCACUCAGAUCAUCUCAUCCAACCUGGAGUUGCACUCUCUCUCCACAGGCAGGCUGCCACGUGUGGCCACUGCCAACCGCAUGCUUAAACAAAUGCUCUUCAGGUAUCAGGGCUACAUCGGGGCUGCCCUGGUCCUGGGUGGAGUGGACUGUAAUGGUCCUCACCUUUACAGCAUCUACCCUCACGGCUCCACUGACAAGCUGCCCUACGUCACCAUGGGCUCUGGCUCCCUGGCUGCCAUGGCAGUGUUUGAGGACCGAUACAAGCCCGACAUGAUGGAGGAGGAGGCCAAGCGGCUGGUACGAGAUGCCAUUGCUGCAGGUAUCUUUAAUGACCUGGGCUCUGGCAGCAACAUCGAUCUGUGUGUUAUCACCAAGGGCAAGGUGAACUACAUCCGGCCCCAUGAUGAGGCCAACAAGAAGGGGGUCAGAGUAAAUGAGCUUGAAGCCGUGCAGCUAGCUGGUGACUACAAGUACAAGAGAGGAACCACCGGUGUGCUGACAAAGGUGGUGACCCCGCUGAACCUGGAGGUCGUGGAGGAGAGUGUACAGACAAUGGAUACCUCCUAAAAUUAGUACAAUGUAUGUCUUAGUGUAACGCACUACCCCCUCAGAAUUCCUUACACAGAUGUCCUGUUUUUCCAUGGUUUACAAUAAAAGUGUUUGAGUUGA